UUGCAAGCUUCCAGUCCGAGUGGCCUUGGGAUUCAUUGUUUUUAAGUUGAGUUCAAACAUUGUGAAGGGAGUUGAAAGCAAAAAAAACAAUAGGGGGAAAUACAAAUGUUUGCAACGGGACCGUACAGGAAGUAGAUGAGUACCACUUCCGAGUCGCAUUAGGUCUAAAAAAAAAAUAAAAAUGUUGCCUCUCAAGCGAACGUAUUUCUUGUUUGGGGUCUUUUCGCGCCUCCGAAACGCGAGCAAAGCUGCAGCUUUGACGGGCAGGCCCGUUUCAUCCGAUGGCCAAGACCAAGUGAAAGACCACCCGUUUGUCAGGAUGAACAAUCCGUACAAGGAGCCGCACAAAGGCUGCGUCCUCUGCGACGUCACCGUCGACUUCAAGAACAUCCAGCUUCUGUCUCAGUUCAUCUCGCCGCACACGGGGAGGAUCUACGGCCGCCACAUCACCGGCUUGUGUGGACGCAAACAAAAAGAAAUCUCCAAGGCCAUCAAGAAGGCGCACGCUAUGGGUUUCAUGUCAGUGACGCACAAACAUCCCGAGUUGAUGCGGGACCCCAACAUCUGCAGCUUCAAACAUGCGGAUUAGCCUCGCCUCGCCUCACCUCCUCCUUUUCGUCAUUGGCCAAUAAAUGCAAAGUCAAACAACC